UCUAUUUUUCCUUAGGUACGUGUUUAGUUUAGAUUUGUCCACAGCUUUUCAGCUAUGGUUCUCACCCGAUUAUCAGGAGAAGACGACCGACUUCAAUUGGUGUAUAUAUGCAUGGUUUGGUUGGUUGGGAUAAUACCACUGCCCUUAGCUUUCACUUCUUAGCUCGCUCUAACAAUAUUAAUGGCAUUGUGUUCAAGAAAUGAGUUCCUGGGUGGAGGAGAAAGUGUUGUGAUGUUGGUACCCCAAGAGAGUGUGAAUAAGAUACAAAGGAUUCCAUCUUUCUUGCGGGGUUCCAACAGCAAUGGCGACUACGAUCCAAAAGUGAUUUCGCUAGGGCCAUACCACCACGGCAAGCCGGAGUUGCAGCCCCUCCAGAGAUUCAAGCACAAAGUCUUUGAUAACUUUAUUUUCGGUAGUCCCAAGGAUGCUAAUUUCUACAGGAAAAAAGUGUUGGAGGUAGUGGAUGAGGCCAGGAGGUGUUAUGUUGAAGGGGCCACAGAUGAAUUUGAUGAUUCCCAGUUUGCAGAAAUGAUGCUUCUGGAUUCUUGUUUCCUACUGUUCUAUAUACUAUCAACGAUGCAUGGUUUUAAGGAUUUCUGGAACCUCACUACCGUUCAGUUGUCUGAUCAGAUUGGGUAUUCAGGUGAUUUCUUCUUACAACUUGACACUUUUUUGCUUGAAAACCAGAUCCCCCUAUGGAUUGUUGAGUUCUUGUUUAAUGCUAGAUUUGGUAGCUUUAGUACUACAACCACCGGUAGGGUUUCCUGGAAAUAUCUGCUUGUAAAUCAUUGCCAAACAAGUCUUUUUGCUGAGAAGUAUAGGGUGGAUGAAGAUAGAAGAGAUCAUGAAAAGCCACUUCAUCUAUUAGAAGCUUUCCACAUGCAUAUGGUGGGCAAAUGUGAAAUGCUUUCAUCCUCCAACAAAUCUGCAGGUAGGUGGCAAAAACUCAGGCCAAUUAGAACUAAUAACACACUAAUAGUGUUGCAAAAAGAGGCAUUUGAGAAGUAUAGUUACAUAUUCCGUUCAGUCAUGGAUCUAAAGUCAAAGGGAAUUCGUUUUGGCCAUAGUGAUAAUAUUUAUUCCGUGAUGAGCAUCAAGUUUGAGUCUUACUAUGUGUUUGCAAAACUAAAGCUUCCUAUUUGGUAUGCUUCCUCAUCGAGUAGAGUUUUUCUCAGCAACAUGAUAGCUUAUGAGUUGUGUCCCAACAACAGGACUUGCCUGGAGGUAACUUCUUACAUAAAUUUCAUGAAAUCGCUGAUUGUUUGUCCCAAUGAUGUGAAAGAGUUGCGAGAAAAGCGCAUCAUAUCUAAUACUCUUGGAGACGACAUGGAAGUAGUGAAGUUGUUCAAAGGGCUAAACACUCAUGGAAUUGACAAUCCCGACAUUUUUUCCGAGGUGAAGCAGAAACUUCAAAAGCACUAUGAUAGCAGAGCAAAGACGUGGAUGGCAGAAUUUGUAUAUACUUAUCUUAUAAGCCCUUGGUCCAUCAUCGCUUUACUCUCCGCUUUUCUUCUUCUUCUCUUAACUUCUGCACAAACUUAUGUUGCCUUCAAUCCGAGCAAGAAAGAUUGAUAUUGGUAGGGAUCGGAAUUGAAUUACAAAAUUUGGUAUGUUGUCCAUCUAUAUGUUGUAUUAUUUGUUAUUUGGUUUGGUAUUUAGACUUUAGAGUGAUAAAAAUUUGGUACAGCUGUACGUACUUAUUAUAUAUAAUUUUUCUUUUUUAGUUAUGUGUAA